AUGGAGAUGAUUGGGAGAAAAACAUGGGAUGAAUUGCAGUUACUGGAGUUGUUCAAACUGAUUGGUGUUAAUUGGGACAGAGCAAGUCUAAUGCUUGUGGCUGAGAACAUCCGGAAUGAGAUAAUAAUUCAGUUGAGUUUGAAGAUCUGGACCAUCUGCAGUAUUGAUAUUGGUGUUGCCCAAGUACAUGAACUGAAGAACAUUCAAGCAAAAGAAACAGUGUUUUCUUCAGGCUUCAGGGGUCUGUCUCUGAACUUGAAUCCUGACAAUGUUGUUGUGUUUGGAAAUGAUGAUCUAAUUAGCGGAGGAGAUAUUCUGAAGAGGGUGGGGGCCAUUGUGGGCAUUCUAGUUUGGGAGGAGAUGUUGGGUCAUGUAAUAUUUGCCCUUGCAAAUGCCAUUGCUGGAGAUUCAAUUGGUUCCAAGAUCCUAGAUGAGUUUUUCCUGAAACCCUCUGUAAUCAUUCCUCGAAUCUCCAUGUGGAAAUCAAGGCAAGCAGACCUGAAGGCUGUGCAUAGUUGGUGCCAGUUUGGUAUAGUUGGCAUAUGUGAUUACCUGUAAUAGACUGGGAAGACAUGGAUUGCUAUUGAUACCAUCAUUAGCCAGAAAUGUUUAUUGGAUGAAAAAGGGAAGUUAUACUCUCUCCAAAUUGCUGUUGGCCAAAGCAGAGCCAUUGUCGAGCUGGUGAUGAGACUGACAGAUGCAGUUGUCAUGCCAUGUGUCCUAGUAGAGUUGGCUUCUUCUGUGCCCCGUGUCUGA